AUGGCUGCCGCACGGUCCUCGCUUCGAUGCCUGGUGCUUGCCCUCGCGCUGUCCGCCGCCGUGGGCAGCACCUUUUAUCCAGCUGCCAGCGUCUGCGAGGAGUGUUCCUUUUGCCAAUGCAAAGAAAACUGCUGCAAUGAAGACAUCUGCUGCCAGAACUUGAGACAGUGGGGUCUGGCGUGGAUGGUGGUGGCACUGGUAGCCGUCAUAGCUUUCAUCUGUGUCACGUGCAUCACAAUCUGCUACAUCUGCUGUGGACGACGAGGUGAGCGAGUCAUCAUCCAGACACCCGACACUGAUCGCACUCCACUGCAUGCAGGCAAGAUGACGUCAUAUGGCACAGACAGACAGUAUGUGUGAUUGAGAGGUGUGCUGCUGACCAUCCUCGACAAGUCUCAUUACCAUGGUUCUAACCAGAGUGCGCACUACCCCUAUAAUCUUACUCUGGUUCUGUAGUCUUAAAGUCACUUGAGCUGAGUUCCUCACUAAGGUUUAUUGAUAAAAUACUAUUACUCUUCAAGAAAACGUGCCUGUCUCUGUAGGCUUGUAUUUUAAUCAAAUUACAAUUUUAAUGACUGGCCAAAAUUCCAGUAAAAACUCAGUUAUGUGAAAGUUACCAUUUGGGAGUUUUUGAUAAGAAGUAAAAGCCCACAUUAUUAAUUUAUACUAGUAUAAUACUAAUGUUAAUCUUAAGACAUUAUU